UAGGUUCAUUGCUUGUGUCCACCUCUUCAACCUUACGUCACGUCACAACCCUUCCCACUCUCCCUCCGUCUCAACCUAUUCUCUCACUCACUCACUCUCAACUCAGCAGUGUGUAGAUAAAAACAUGGCGACUGCGGUCAAGUUGUUUUCCGUCGCUAAAGCAGGCAUCUCGCCUGUUAGGCCAACUGUCCUUGUUCGCAUGCUUUCAGCGAGUUCACCACAGAACUCGUACAAGAAUAUUAGUACACCUGAGAUUAAAACUGACUGGGGGUCUGUGUGGGACAAUGCAUGGUCAUCUAUGGCGAUGAGGGAAAUUCUGGUUGGCUUUGGCCUUACGUUGGGCGUUAUGUUCAGAGAGCCUGCAACUAUUAACUAUCCGUUCGAGAAAGGGCCUCUAAGUCCCCGUUUCCGUGGUGAACAUGCAUUGAGACGCUAUCCUUCAGGCGAAGAGCGUUGCAUUGCUUGCAAAUUGUGUGAAGCUAUCUGCCCAGCACAGGCAAUUACAAUUGAAGCUGAGGAACGAGCAGAUGGUAGCAGGCGAACAACUCGUUAUGACAUUGACAUGACCAAGUGUAUAUAUUGCGGAUUUUGUCAAGAAGCUUGUCCUGUUGAUGCUAUAGUUGAGGGUCCCAACUUUGAAUUCUCAACUGAGACUCAUGAGGAAUUGUUGUACAACAAAGAAAAGCUUCUUGACAAUGGAGACAGAUGGGAGCCUGAAAUUGCUUCCAACAUUGCCGCAGAUCACUUAUAUAGGUAGUUCUUGAAUGUUGUCCAAUAAUGCAAAAUUUUAGCAAACAGAUUUUGGCUUCUUGGAUUAUUCACUCCAUUGCAAGUGUAAGUGUAAGUGUCUUAUUAGCAUCAAUUACAGGUCUGUUAAUGUACCCAAUGUUCAAAAACUUUAAAUGAAAUUUGUAAAUAAAGUAUACUUAUGACUAAAA